CCCCUUCCAAAUUCCAACUUCUCGGAUCAACCAAAGAUGAGGAGGAACUGCAACCUUGAACUCCGCCUAUUCCCCACUUCCGAUCAAGACCACCACCGCAUAACGGAGGAAUAUUCAAAAGAACAGCAGCAACAGCAGAUAACAAUAUUCUACAAUGGAAAUGUUUGCGCUGGAGAUGUUACGGAGCAACAGGCGAGAGCUAUUCUGAUGUUGGCAAGACAAGAAACGGAAGCUAAAAUGAGAAUAAACUCAAGUGGAUCUUCGUCUUCCUCGUCGACCUCGUCAUCAGAACAAAUUGUAUCGCCAACAGUGGCAUCUCCUCCGCCGGUUUAUAGCCCCAACAUGAAGAUAUCACUGCAAAGGUUCCUUGAGAAGAGAAAUCAUCGGAUUCAAACAACUUACCCCUACAACAUUAACCGACGGCCUCAUAUGUGCAGGGUCGACCACUGAGCUUUUAUUGAUUAUUAGUUAAUUUAUUUUGCAUGGCAUGCAGCUAAAUAGGCGGGCGCUUGUAAAUUUUGCAUUUUUAUUAUAUAUUGUUAGUACGGCAUAGUUAUUGUAAGUUGUUUCUCUCAAGUUGCAAGAAUAUUUGUACGGAGAAAAAUGGAAUAAAUUAAUUAAAAGGAAAAUUCUAAAAAAUUUAAAUGAAAUUA